GGAGCGCCGCCGCAUCGCUACAACCAACGGCGGGUGCGGAGCCGGAGGAGGCACUUCCCUGCUGCGAGGGACGCCGGCCCCACGGCCCCGGGAAUUAGGGCUGUCGCCGCUGCCGCGCUUAUCCGUGGAGAUGGGACGCUAGGAUCGCUUUCUGCUACUUCUCGCUCUUUUUUUUUUUCUUUCUUUUUUUUUCUUUUUGAUUUUCUUAUUAUUUCAUUUUUAAUUGUUUCCUCGCCUCGUUCUGCCGCCCCACGCCUUCCCCCCAACAUGGAGGCCCUUUGAUGCCUCCGCGGGCCGCCCCCGCCGCCCCGGCCCGGCCGCUGAGCGUUGAGCUCCGGAUGCCGCUGCGGCGGGCGGGACGCAGCUUUCUGCCUCCGGCCACCGCGAAUGUCACCGCCGCGGCGUGAGGGGCGCGCGGGGCGCCGGGGCGGCUCUCGCCCCUCGCCGUCGUUCCGGUGAUCGUUUCGGCCGCCCCGAGCGCAGCGCGGCGCCCAGCGGGACCCGGCGGACGCAGCGCCGUUGGCGGGGAGCGCGGAAGACGCGGAGGGGAGCGGCCCCCCCCCCCCCCCCCCCGGCCCGGGUUAAUCGGUAACGCCGUGCGAACUCAGGUGGAAAAUGCGCCGUGCUCCGGACUGAGAGGGAGGAACGGUGCCGUGUCUCCGGCUGCGCUGAGCCGACGAGACGCCGAGCUGUGCGUGCGGUUGGGGCUCGCGUUUUUGUGACCUCCCCCAUCGACCCCCUCUUUUUUUUUUUCCUCUUUUUUUUUUUUUUAAUAUUUUUUCCUUACCCCCAGAAGGAAAGCGAAGCUAAGCUUUCAGAUGGCUUAGGAAAAUCCCUAACACCCUGUGACACCAUGACGCCGGCCCGCUGCUGACCGCCCCCCGCCCGCUGCCGGGCCGCCGUCACCGCGGAGCCGCGCCCGGGGCCGAGGAGCGCAGAGCCGAUCCCGGCGGUGCGGAGGGACCGAUGGCAGCGACCCGGCGGGGAGCCGAGCCGCGGGACUCGGCCCGUUAGCAAAUCCAGGCGGGGGGAACGUACCAACGUGAAGGAGAGAGAGAGAGAGAGAUACGCGUAUAUAUAUCUCAUAUAUAUACAAUUGAGAAGUGUUCCCCAGGUGGCCACAAAGCAUGGGCUGUGCUCCAAGCAUCCACAUCUCUGACAGCAGAGUGGUCUAUCACAGUAGCAAAGAGUCCGAGGAGUGCCAUUCCCCUCACCAGACCAACACCACCAUGUCUCAGCAGCAGCAAGGCAACCCCGUCCCGGGAUUAUUCAUUAAAUCCUCCAACACAUCCACUUAUAAAGUGAGGACUAAUUCCUCUAAGAAAGACAAGAGGGAGAACAGCCAGAGCAUGGAGGCAGAGACCCAGACCAGCAGAUCCAGUUUUAAGUCACCAGUUACAGAUGUGCAGUUUGGCCCUAUGAGACUUCAUCAAGAUCAACUUCAGGUACUUCUAGUGUUUGCCAAAGAAGAUAACCAGAGCAACGGGUUCUGCUGGGCCUGUGAGAAAGCUGGAUUUCGAUGUAAUAUUGCCAGGACGCCUGAGUCUGCGCUGGAAUGUUUUCUUGAUAAACACCAUGAAAUUAUCAUUAUAGACCACAGACAUUCCAGAUACUUUGAUGCAGAAGCAUUGUGCAGGUCUAUCAGAACAACGAAACCCUCAGAAAAUACAGUCAUUAUUGGUGUAGUACGAAGGCAUGCUGAUCGUGAAGAGUCAUCGAUAUUGCCCCUGAUCUCUGCUGGCUUCACAAGGAGAUAUGUAGAAAAUUCCAAUAUCAUGGCCUGUUACAAUGAGUUAAUUCAGCUGGAAUUUGGAGAGGUGCGGGCACAAUUCAAACUAAGGGCUUGCAAUUCAUUAUUCACAGCAUUAGAGAAAAGUCAAGAAGCCAUUGAGAUCACAAGUGAAGACCAUGUAAUACAGUACGUCAAUCCUGCAUUUGAAACAGUGAUGGGCUAUCAAAUAGGUGAAUUAAUAGGAAAGGAACUAACAGAAGUGCCUAUAAAUGAAAAAAAAGCUGAUUUCCUAGAUACUAUUAAUUCCUGCAUAAAGAUAGGAAAGGAAUGGCAAGGAAUGUACUCUGCGAAAAAGAAAAAUGGAGAUAGCAUACAACAAAAUGUGAAGAUACUACCUGUUGUUGGACAGGGGGGAAAGAUUAGACACUAUGUGUCAAUUAGUAGACUGUGCAAUGACAACAAUAAGGCGGAGAAGACAUGUGAACGUGUUCAGGCUGAAUCUCAGACAGAUAUUCAGACUUCCAGACACAAAGACAGGAGGAAAGGAUCACUAGAUGUCAGAUCCACAACAUCACGAGGGAGUGAUGGCAGCUCACAAAGGCGGCACUCUUCUAUGGCCAGGAUACAUUCCAUGACUAUUGAAGCACCAAUCACCAAGGUAAUAAACAUCAUCAAUGCUGCACAAGAAAGCAGUCCAAUGCCAGUUGCAGAAGCGUUAGACCGUGUUUUGGAGAUAUUAAGAACCACUGAACUGUACUCUCCACAACUGGGAACAAAGGAUGAGGAUCCACACACAAGUGACCUCGUGGGAGGGCUGAUGACAGACGGUCUGCGAAGAUUAUCAGGGAAUGAAUACAUAUUGUCAGCAAAACAAACUCAUCAGGUCGCUGGCAGCUUGAUCUCUCCCAUCUCCCUCAAUGACAUACCCCCACGGAUAACACAGGCAAUGGAAAAUGAAGAACACUGGGAUUUUGAUAUCUUUGAGCUUGAGGCUGCCACUCAUAAAAGGCCUCUGGUUUAUCUGGGUCUCAAAAUAUUUGCUCGCUUUGGAAUCUGUGAAUUCCUGAACUGCUCAGAAUCAACCCUGAGGUCGUGGUUACAAGUUAUUGAAGCUAACUACCAUUCCUCCAACUCCUAUCAUAAUUCCACCCAUUCAGCAGAUGUGCUACAUGCCACUGCUUAUUUCUUGUCUAAAGAAAGAGUCAAGCAAACUUUGGAUCCCAUUGAUGAAGUUGCUGCACUUAUUGCUGCCACAGUCCAUGAUGUGGAUCACCCAGGAAGAACAAAUUCUUUCCUGUGUAAUGCUGGGAGUGAGCUAGCAAUUCUCUACAAUGACACCGCAGUGCUGGAGAGCCAUCAUGCUGCCCUGGCUUUCCAGCUCACCACCCGGGAUGACAAAUGCAAUAUAUUUAAGAACAUGGAAAGGAAUGAGUAUCGAACCCUUCGCCAAGCCAUUAUUGACAUGGUCCUAGCAACAGAAAUGACAAAGCACUUUGAGCAUGUCAACAAGUUUGUCAACAGCAUUAAUAAACCCUUGGCAGCGCUAGAAGAAAAUGGGAAUAAUGGUGAUGGGGAUUCAAUCAAAAAUGUUCUCACGUCUCCUGAAAACCGCAUCCUCAUCAAACGCAUGUUGAUAAAGUGUGCAGACAUUUCCAAUCCAUGCAGACCUAUAGAGCAAUGCAUAGAGUGGGCCGGACGCAUCUCUGAGGAGUACUUUGCACAGACUGAUGAAGAAAAGAGGCAAGGUUUACCUGUUGUGAUGCCAGUUUUUGACAGAAAUACUUGCAGCAUCCCCAAGUCCCAAAUAUCAUUCAUCGAUUACUUCAUCACUGAUAUGUUUGAUGCUUGGGAUGCAUUUGCAGACCUGCCAAAUUUGAUGCAGCAUCUGGAUAAUAACUUUAAAUACUGGAAAGGAUUAGAUGAAAGGAAGCUGCGGAGCCUCCGACCACCACCACCAGAAUAGCAAUUAGACUAUGGUGUGUAAUUUACUAACCAGAUGCAUAUUUAUUCAAGCUCACUUUUGUCCAUGUGAUUUGAGAUAUGUUUCGGUCUCUGCAGUAUUACAGUAAGGAUAGCCCAUGCGCUUGGGGAACUUUCAAAUUCAAGAGAACAUGAGGUCAGCAGCUGACUUCCACAAACUACCAUGUGUGGACUCCAACGAAAUAAGCCUGUCAAGUGGAAUUACACUGGAUUGCUGCAGUACUUGUACUGAAGAGGGUUUAUUAGUGAACAUGUUUUGCGCUAUCUUCUUACCAGUGUGCGAAGCUGGAAGACCUUGAAGAAUCCAUAUGAAACAGACAUUCACUAGAAGACUUUGGUUAAUCCUCAACUCUGCAAGUGAAGAAGAAAUACCUAUUAAUAGUGACUCACAGCUUUUGUGAGAAAGCUACAUGCUUUUUAUAAGCACUUAGGACAGUUACAUAGAACAAUCAGACAUUCAAAAUGCAACUCUCCAUGAAGGAAUUUCUGAUCUAUGAAAAAUAGAUGUACUCUAUUUUUUCACAUCACAGAAGGUGCAAUCAUUCACUUCUGAGCACUACUGAAAGUGAGUUCUCUUUAAGAAAUUUAGUAGCAUAUGUAAAAAAUAACACAAGAAUUUUUGAGGUUGAUCGUUAGCAUCUAUGAUUAAAAUGAUAUGUUUUAUUUAUUUUGUUAGAUGUUCAAUAUUUUCUAUGAAUUUAUAAAUACUUAAAAGCCAAAGCCAACUUUAGAUGCAUUACAAAUUUACAUGAUUCAUACUCAUUAAUAUACAUUUAAUUGAUGUACAGACCUUUUAUUUUCAUAAUGCAAAUACAAAUACUAUACAAUGAUACAUUUUUAUUGCACUGUAAGGAUAGAUGUGUAUGUUUAAAUAUUGUCUGAUUUAUGUUAAUUAAAAUUAAGUUUUAUUGCAAAGGUCUCACUUGAGAAUAGUAGAAUAAACAAGAAAUGUAUCCUGAGCACCAGAACCGCGGUAGUUCUCCCAUAAACCAGUGACGACCACCUGAUCUUCCCUUGGCUACAAAAGAUAAUAAUAUGUUGGAACUUUCUGUUUUCUCCCUUGAAAUUUUAUGACUGAAUUCCCUGUCAAAGUCUGCCUUAUUUUAUAUAGUAUUUCUACAAAGCAUUCCACAGCAUAUAUGAAGAGGUGAUACUACACAUCUAACGAAUUUCAACAUUUUAUAGCCUAUGUAUUUUCCUCCGCCAUGAAAGAAACAGAAAAUAAAGCCACCAACAAAAACGUUUAAUGCAACAAGUUUGUAAAGGCUGUGUACCUUCACAAUUUGAAUGAAACCUUCAUAGCAAACACCAGAAAAUAAUAAAAUGUGUAUUUUAAGAAGCGUCAAGGUCCGACCCAUUUCAUUUGGAAUAUAUAUGCACUCUGUAGUUUGCAGGCUAACAGAAGCAUGGAAUUCCUGUGAAAAUAAUUGCUGUCUGGGGAGGGGAGAAGCUGAGGGGGUUGGAUUGUUGUUAGGGUGCUGAAAGGUGGUAUGUGGCCGUGAGUCCCUCUGCAGCCUGCUCUUGGCAAACCCAUCAAAGGCUCGUGUGUGCUGAGACAACACCGGAGCUGCAACUGUGCUGGGCUGUAUUGCGCUGAAGGACUACGGGAGGAUUCUGUCAGCAUUUCCUGCAGGCAGGAAGGCACUUCCAAAGCACUGAAGGAAUCACUGCUAUUGUCAAUUCAGAGGCAACAGACUGACUUUAGAGAAGGGGCAUUCUGAACCAUUCUUCAGGCAACACAAGCUGAGGAGAUGUGGAUGAUGGAGUGGUUCAGGGACUGCAGCAGUUGGAGCCCUAAAGCAGGCUCCUGUACUUAGUUCAAGGAGAGGCUUCUCAGGCUCCAUCAGAGGAAAGCUACAAAGUGGAUAAGAGAGGAACAGCAACAGCAUUUGGGUCCAGAGAAUGUCUGCAGGAAAGAAGAAAAUUCCUUUUUCCUGGCCUAGACCUGGCAGCUGCCAGGCUGCUGUGCGGGCAUGGGCUUGAACUGUACCAACUUUUCAAAAAAAGAAGAGGAAAUUGAAGAGCAGAUGAUUUCAUAGUAGUUAGCCACUGAUGCUUUAUAGAGCUGCAGGUCAGAGCUCCUGGGAAGGCAGAAACACAUCCCUCACUCUUUCCUCUGAAUUUCAGUGAGGCUCACAUUGAGCACAGUGCCAGUACCAUGCACAAAGAGUCCUGUCUCCGGCGCUGGGUGGUGCCAACCAUUUCAGACACUGCUUCCCAUAAGUAAGGCUGCAAUGAUACAGCAUCAGAGUAAGUGCUAGGAGACAGGCAAAGUGCCCAGCCAACACGUAGAGCCAGGGCCUGGACAGGGAAUGGCAUGCGUCACAUCAGACACAGCUUUUGGGAGUGUUGUGGAGAAAGGAUCCAAUGAAUAGACAGUUUUCAGGACAUCAUCAAAGCAGAGUGAAACUCUUCUUAUCAUGUAACCAAGCCCCAGAGCUGAUUGAGCAGCCCCUAAAAUCCAUGCUGGCAGGCUUUGUGCAAAUAUGCUGUCCUGCCAUAACAAACUACUGAAAGCCAAGGGCAGAAAGAUAAGUUUUUUCCUCUCUAUCAAGCUAGGAACCAAAGAAAAAGAAACAAACAAAAAAACCCAAACAAACAAAAAACCACCAACAACAAAAAUUUUUCUUUUAAAAUAAGCUGUUUUAAAUAAAUGAGCAUUUUUUGAACCGCAGGAGAGCACAUACCUAACAUUUGUUAAGUGAAUAGCAGCAACACGUUUAAGUCUAGCUCAGUACUGCAAAGCGGUUUUUGUGCUGCUUUUGCUGUAACGUUUCUAGAACACGAGCUGCAAAGGGCGGCUUCCUUUCAUUUCCAGUCAGCAUCACAGAGAAAACUUCAUCGUACGCUAACAUCUACAGCACCCCUCCGGCCGAACCUCAACUCAACGCCCCGCCCGCCAUCACGCAUGCGCCCCGGGUCGGCGAUGACGCCACGUUUAUUCGGUGCCUGAAGGCACCGCCCUCGCCGUGCCCGGAAGCGCCGUGCAGACCUCAGGAAAUGGCGGCGCUGCGGGGCGGGCGCGUGACGCGGUGUGUGAUGGCGGCGCGGCCCGUGAGCGGCGCUUCUUGCUGCUGGAAACGACGGACCGAGGAAGGACGGGACGCGGUACCCAGCUGGGCGGCUCCGAGGUCGGCUCCGCUCGGCUGGGGCGAACCUGCGGGCAGCCGUGCCCCGUAGGCGUGAUGCCCUCCAGUGGCAGCCGUGGUGUCCUGGCGUGCUGAACCGAGGGGAGUGGGAAGAGUGCUCCGAAGUGCUUCAUGUCUCUGGAUGCAAAGAUAUUUCUGUUGCUGCCUUAGCAGUCUCAUAUGCCAUCCCCGGUGAUGACCACUGAGUCCUGCUCUGAAAAGCUGGCUGCUCCUGUGAUCUGCAGAUUCACUGAGCCAGCAACAUAGUGGCAGAGCUGUUUGUUACCCUUAGAGACUCAGUUGCACAGUGUGCAAGUACCUCAUAGCUGGCUCAGCAAAUCAGUCCUUGCAGCGCACCUGUGAGGUGGUUGUCUGGGUUACUGUAACAUCAGAGAUGAGCAGCUCAUUCUGGAGCCAGAAUACAGGUCUUUCUCUCAUUGUAAAGAGCGUGGCGUUCAGUUUUGGCAGAUAAAGGUUAAAUAUGCUCCACUGUUUGGAAGCUGGACCUUAAAUCAAGGCAUACGUUUUUAAUUGAAGGGAGAAAAAGGUGUUAAAACAACCCAGUGGUGUGGUGCUUUCUGACCACUUUGUUCACUGUACACUUUAGCUGCUAUUCUCUGGUACAGCCUUUCAGUAUGUUAGCAUUGCUCACCUGGCCACCUUGUGCCCUAUGUGAUUGCAGCCUACAGUGAUUGCAGGCUUAGUCACCUGUUUGUAGGAGACACAGGUUGUGCUCAUUGCAAGGCAUUGAAAUUGACCUUCCUCAUAGGAGGUUGGACAAGAUAGUCAUAACAGCACUUUUCUGUCUUGGAAGUCUGUGAAUUCUUGGUGGGCUACAAAUGAAGCUAUAUUUGCAUAGUUCAGUGCUGCUAAACUUGUUUAGUUUUCCAAGCUGCAAGUCAGUAUUCAAGUGAAGAAGGUACUAAUCACUGCUGUAAGAGCAUAUUCCACUCCUGUUUUCAUGGUUUCUUCAAAACUUAUUUUGGGGAAAUGCAUUUCUUCUCUUAAUUUCUCAGCUAUUUGGAGAAAAACAGACAAGCUUUUGGCACACAGUUCUACAUCAAAUCUAAAUUUUGCCAAGCUUUAUUUAUAAGAACCAUGUCUACUGUAGAGACAAUCUGUUCCUGACAAACCCCUAGAAUAGAAAAUUUCAACCAACUAUUUUUGUAAUGAAUGUACAAUAAAUCUGUUGAAAAGCUA